AUUUCAUUUCAUCCACGAAACUCAAUUCAAAGAUGCUGUCCGGCCUUCCUUAUAGAUUCUGAGUUUAUUUAUUAACACCGGCGAUUGCGUCUUGAACAUCUCUCUCUCUCUCUCUCUCUGAUGUUAUCUAAUUUUAACGUUGAAGUUGAAUUCUUCUAGCUUUUGCACCUCAACUUUAAAACCCAAAUUAAAAAUGACUUGCUUGUAGAAAUAUUAGUGGUUUAAUGAAUUUUUCUAAUCGACGAGAGUGCAAUUGGGGUGUUGACAAUUUUGUGAUUGUAUGGAUGGAGGCGGUGAUGGGUUUGAAUUUGUUAGAUUAAAGGAGUCAAAUACUGCAGGCUCUGCUUAUAAAAAGGAAGUCCCAGUGCAUAUGCAUGGGUUAAUUCCUUGGUAAGAGGGGAAGUUGAAGACUUAACAUCAGAUAUGGAAGCUGCUGCUUUGAGAUCGAGAUCGGUUCCUGGCGGCCACGACAGAGUCAAAGAAGACAAGAGGGGAGUUCUUCAAGAACAUACCAGCAAUGAUGAUCAUGGUUGCAAAGACUUAGAGAUUCUUGCUAAGGUUCCAAGUGCAAGAAAAGAGGAUGAGGAUAAGCUGAAUCGAUCUUAUUCACAAAAGCACAAGGAUUUAGGCAGAAGCAAAGAGGCAGUAGCCAUAGCUAAGAUAGACAAGUCAUAUGUGGAACCAAACUCAUCCAGAGCUUCUUUAUCUUCAACUCAGAAGGAUGAGGAUGACCAACUUGAAUCUGCUAGGGCUGAAAUGGGUGAGGUGAGGGAAGAAAAUCAAAGGCUAAAGAUAUACUUAGAUCGAAUUAUGCAGGAUUAUGAAGCCCUUCAAAUGCAAUUCUAUGACAUUGUUCAACAAGAAGCGAAGAAGUCUAUGCGUACUACUAAUACUAGUCAAGAAAUAAUAGAAGAGCCCGAGCUUGUUUCCCUUAGCCUUGGAAGAAUGUCCAAUGAUUCAAAAAUGAAUGAAAAGAGCAAAAUAUAUGGCAUAAAGACAGAAGAUGCUCUACAAGUCAAAGAAGGAUUGGCUUUAGGUUUGGAUUGCAAAUACGAAGCAACUGCUGCAACUAAACGUCCUUCCCCUAAUCCAAGUCUUGAGAAUAGCUUUGAUGAACCGAAAGAAGAUGCAGGAGAGACUUGGACUCCAAGUAAAGUUCUAAAGACAACAAGAGGUGGAGAUGAUGAAAUCUCACAACAAACCCAUGUGAGCAAGAAAGCAAGGGUUUCUGUCAGAGCCAGAUGCGAUACCCCAACUAUGAAUGAUGGAUGCCAGUGGAGAAAAUAUGGACAGAAGAUUGCAAAAGGAAACCCAUGCCCUAGAGCAUACUACCGUUGCACAGUUGCACCAUCCUGCCCAGUUAGAAAACAGGUGCAAAGAUGUGCUGAAGACAUGUCGGUCUUGAUCACGACCUAUGAAGGAACACACAGCCACCCGCUUCCAAUUUCAGCCACUGCCAUGGCUUCCACCACUUCAGCAGCAGCACGCAUGCUCAUGUCUGGCUCAUCCACCUCCCAACCAGGCCUCACCCAACCCACAGACCACCUCCACGGCUUCAGCUUUUACCUCACAGACAACACCAAAUCAAAGCAAUGCUUCAUUCCCAACUCCUCCUCAUUCUUAUCUUCUCCUUCUCACCCAACCAUCACUCUUGACCUCACCUCAACCCCAUCCUCUUCUUCCUCCUCAUUUCGCUUCAAUCGAUCAUUAUCUUCAACCUUCCCUCCAAGAUAUUCCCCCUCAAGUCUCAACUUCACUUCUUCAGAGUCCAACACACCCACGAUAUCCACAUGGGCUGGCGGCCUCGUCGGCUAUGGCACCCAACCCUACAACAACAGCCACAUGGGGUCCUCUAGCUUUGGCAUCGGACAAACACAAGAGAGUUUCAAUUUCUACCAGUCUUUCUUGCAGAAGAAUAACCCAGCUCAUCAUUCUCAGCAGUCUUUGCCUGAUAACACUAUUGCAGCUGCAACCAAGGCUAUCACUUCAGACCCGACUUUCCAGUCGGCUUUGGCCACUGCUCUUUCGUUGAUAAUCGGAGGCAACAGUGAGGUUCACGGAAGCCAUGGUGCGGGAGAAAGUUUUGUGCAGAAGCUGAAGUGGGCUGACCAGUUUCUUCAGUCGAAUCCAAAGGGAAGUGACUGUGCGCCUAGCUACUUAAACGGAACGGGUUCAGGCACCAGUUCUCAACCAGCAGGAAGCUUGACGUUUCUACCACCUCCAUUGCCAUUUUCUUCCUCCAAGAGUGCAUCUGCUUCUUCUAAUGAUAACAGAGAUCAUAACAAUUGAGAUUAUGAAUGCCAAGCCGUUAUGGUGGUGUGCAUGGAGGUGGCUGAUGUAUGGCGACUAAGAGAAGGUGAAAGUACAAGUGUGUUUUGUUAAUUGUUUUUGGUGACGAUUUGUUUAUAUAAAUUUUUAUAUGUAGAUAAAUAUGGUAUGACUGAACAAUUAAGAGUAUCCAUUAAGCUUGAUAUCAACUUUUAUUUUUGUUAAAUAAAUGUAUAGUCUUCAAAUUUUAUCACUUAAUUUUUAGUGAAAUAACCAAGUUGUUGUUUGAUGAAAUGUUCUUUAUAUGUAAUGACCCCAUAGCCCCUGUUAAUAAAAUAUUUCAAAAAAGCUUCUCAAAGAAAA